UUACUAACAAAGAAGAACAAAGCAGAAGUGACCUACGUUUCCGGGGCGCGCGGUGAUCGCAACGUUUUGUGGUUGUUGUUUUUAUUUUUGUUGUUGUGGUUUUAAGUUUUCAGGAGAUAAACAUGUAUGACCAGGAUGAAGAUAAUCAGUAUGAUGAAGAUGAUGAUGAGAUCACUCCUGACCUGUGGCAGGAAGCGUGCUGGAUCGUCAUCAGCUCUUAUUUUGACGAGAAAGGGCUGGUGCGGCAGCAACUAGAUUCCUUUGAUGAGUUCAUUCAGAUGUCUGUUCAGAGGAUCGUGGAGGAUGCUCCGCCCAUCGACCUGCAGGCUGAAGCUCAGCACACCUCAGGGGAGGUGGAGGAGCCGCCUCGGUAUCUCCUGAAGUUUGAGCAGAUCUACCUGUCUAAGCCCACCCACUGGGAGAGAGAUGGAGCACCAUCUCCCAUGAUGCCCAACGAGGCACGGCUGAGGAACCUGACGUACUCUGCGCCACUGUAUGUGGACAUCACAAAGACAAUCAUCAAGGAGGGAGAGGAUCAGCUGCAGACGCAGCACCAGAAGACCUUCAUUGGGAAAAUUCCCAUCAUGCUUCGCUCCACGUACUGCCUGCUAAGUGGCCUGACUGACCGAGACCUGUGCGAACUCAACGAGUGCCCAUUGGACCCUGGAGGUUACUUCAUCAUCAAUGGGUCAGAAAAGGUGCUGAUCGCUCAGGAAAAGAUGGCCACCAACACGGUGUACGUGUUUGCCAAGAAGGACUCGAAGUAUGCGUACACCGCAGAGUGCCGAUCCUGCCUGGAGAAUUCAUCCCGCCCAACCAGCACGAUCUGGGUCAGCAUGAUGGCUCGAGGAGGGCAGGGAGUGAAGAAGAGCGCCAUAGGUCAGAGGAUCGUCUCCACGCUUCCCUACAUCCGACAGGAAGUUCCCAUCAUCAUCGUGUUCCGGGCACUGGGCUUCGUAUCGGACAGAGACAUCCUGGAACAUAUCAUUUAUGACUUUGAUGACCCUGAGAUGAUGGAGAUGGUGAAGCCCUCUCUGGACGAAGCUUUUGUGAUCCAGGAGCAGAACGUGGCGUUGAACUUCAUUGGCUCACGAGGCGCAAAACCCGGUGUGACGAAGGAGCGACGGAUUAAAUACGCAAAGGAAGUCCUGCAAAAGGAGAUGCUGCCACAUGUCGGCGUAAGCGAUUUCUGCGAGACCAAGAAGGCCUACUUCUUAGGGUACAUGGUGCACAGGUUGCUGCUCGCCGCUCUCGGCAGGCGGGAACUGGAUGACAGAGAUCACUAUGGCAACAAGAGGCUGGACCUCGCCGGGCCAUUACUGGCCUUCCUGUUCCGAGGCAUGUUUAAAAACCUGCUGAAGGAAAUCAGGAUCUAUGCUCAGAAGUUCAUCGACCGCGGGAAGGAUUUCAACCUAGAGCUCGCCAUUAAGACGCGUAUCAUCUCUGACGGGCUCAAGUACUCUCUUGCCACAGGUAACUGGGGUGACGUGAAGAAGGCUCACCAGGCCCGAGCCGGCGUGUCACAGGUGUUGAACCGUCUCACCUUCGCAUCCACACUGUCUCACCUGCGCCGGGUCAACUCUCCUAUCGGUCGAGAUGGAAAACUGGCGAAACCUCGACAGCUGCACAACACGCUGUGGGGGAUGGUGUGUCCGGCCGAGACGCCCGAGGGUCACGCUGUGGGGCUGGUGAAGAACUUGGCCCUGAUGGCCUACAUCUCUGUGGGCUCGCAGCCAUCGCCCAUCCUGGAGUUUCUGGAGGAGUGGAGCAUGGAGAACCUGGAGGAGAUCUCACCUGCGGCCAUUGCAGAUGCCACUAAAAUCUUUGUGAAUGGCUGCUGGGUGGGAAUCCACAAAGAUCCAGAACAGCUGAUGAAUACACUGAGGAAACUCCGCAGACAGAUGGAUAUCAUCGUCUCUGAGGUGUCGAUGAUCAGAGACAUUAGAGAGCGUGAGAUCAGAAUUUACACGGACGCUGGACGAAUCUGCCGACCGCUGCUGAUUGUCGAGAAACAGAAACUGCUGCUGAAGAGACGCCACAUCGACCAGCUGAAGGAGCGCGAGUAUAACAACUACAGCUGGCAGGACUUAGUGGCCAGUGGUGUGGUGGAGUACAUAGACACCCUAGAAGAGGAGACCGUCAUGCUCGCUAUGACCCCAGAUGACCUCCAGGAGAAAGGCGUGGCCUAUUGUUCCACCUACACCCACUGUGAGAUCCAUCCAUCUAUGAUCCUUGGAGUGUGUGCGUCCAUCAUCCCAUUCCCUGAUCACAACCAGUCUCCCAGGAACACAUAUCAGUCCGCCAUGGGGAAGCAGGCCAUGGGUGUUUACAUCACCAACUUCCAUGUUCGAAUGGACACGCUCGCUCACGUGCUGUACUACCCUCAGAAACCACUCGUCACCACCCGCUCCAUGGAGUACCUGCGCUUCAGGGAGCUCCCCGCAGGUAUUAACUCGAUUGUGGCGAUCGCCUCAUACACUGGCUACAACCAGGAAGACUCUGUGAUCAUGAACAGGUCAGCCGUGGAUCGAGGCUUCUUCAGGUCUGUGUUCUAUCGGUCAUACAAAGAGCAGGAGUCUAAGAAAGGCUUUGAUCAGGAGGAGAUCUUUGAGAAGCCGACGCGUGAAACCUGUCAAGGGAUGCGACAUGCCAUCUAUGACAAACUGGAUGACGAUGGACUCAUUGCACCUGGCGUCCGUGUUUCUGGCGAGGACGUGAUCAUUGGGAAGACGGUGACACUGCCAGAGAAUGACGACGAGCUGGAUAGCACGAACCGCCGCUACACGAAGAGAGACUGCAGCACGUUUCUGAGGACCAGUGAGACGGGCAUCGUGGACCAGGUCAUGGUGACCCUGAAUCAGGAGGGCUACAAGUUCUGCAAAAUCAGGGUACGCUCUGUCCGAAUUCCUCAGAUCGGCGACAAAUUUGCCAGCCGACACGGACAGAAGGGAACCUGUGGGAUCCAGUACAGACAGGAGGACAUGCCAUUCACCUGUGAGGGGAUCACUCCUGACAUCAUCAUCAACCCUCACGCAAUUCCGUCCAGAAUGACAGUCGGCCAUUUGAUUGAGUGUCUGCAGGGGAAGGUGUCUGCCAACAAAGGUGAGAUCGGUGACGCCACGCCAUUUAACGAUGCCGUCAACGUGCAGAAGGUGUCAAACUUGCUGUCUGAAUAUGGAUACCAUCUCAGAGGGAAUGAGGUUCUGUAUAACGGCUUCACUGGGAGGAAGCUGACGUCUCAGAUCUUCAUCGGCCCAACUUAUUACCAGCGCCUGAAGCACAUGGUGGACGAUAAGAUCCACUCGAGAGCCCGCGGCCCGGUCCAGAUUCUCAACCGACAACCCAUGGAGGGGCGCUCACGUGAUGGUGGUUUGCGGUUUGGCGAGAUGGAGCGUGACUGUCAGAUUGCUCACGGAGCAGCUCAGUUCCUGAGGGAGCGUCUGUUCGAGGCAUCUGAUCCCUACCAGGUGCACGUUUGUAACCUGUGCGGACUGAUGGCCAUCGCCAACACACGGACACACACGUACGAAUGUCGUGGUUGCCGCAACAAAACCCAGAUCUCUCUGGUGCGGAUGCCAUACGCCUGUAAGCUUCUGUUCCAGGAGUUGAUGUCAAUGAGCAUUGCUCCUCGUAUGAUGACAUCAUAAAGUAAUCAACCGGAUGCAGGGAACAUUGUGACGUCACAAGAAAGUGAAAGUCGAAGUUUAGUUGUUGUUUUUUUUUAGUUUUUUUUGUCUUGCUUUUUGUAAAAGUCAAUAAAUCAGUUCCUGAUCAUGUGA